AUGGUUUUCCGUCAGAGGGCUGCUCAGUUGAGAGUUGCUCCUCCUCAUCCUAAAGGUGUGUCAUCUAGUAGUAUUCCCCCUCCUCCCUUUUCUCUAGGUACAGCUGCUACUGAGACUUCAGGUGCUACUACUGAUGCUGAUGCUGCUGUUCCUCCACUGACAGCUAUGGAUGAUUCAGACAUUCGUUGUGACAAUGUGAACUGUCCUGAUAUCACUGCACCAGGAGUGAGCAUACUUGCUGCUUACACCGAAGUAGCAAGUCCCACUGGAUUAGAUAAUGACAAACGCCAGUUUCCUUACUCUGUACUCUCUGGCACUUCCAUGUCAUGUCCUCAUGUUGCUGGCAUUGUUGGCCUUCUCAAAACACAGUACCCUCACUGGAGUCCAUCAGCUAUCAAAUCUGCAAUCAUGACUACAGGAAAAACCCGAGAUAACACCAGGAAGUCAAUUCUGGACUCAUCCACUGUUGAAGCGACACCAUUUGCCUAUGGUUCAGGACAUGUGAACCCAAACAGUGCAAUGGACCCUGGACUCGUUUAUGACGCUACCACUGAAGAUUACUUGAACUUCUUAUGUGCUCGUGGCUACAAUGAUACCAUGAUCCGAUUAUUUUCUCAGAAGCCUUAUUCAUGUCCCGAUACUUUCAGUAUAGAGGACUUCAACUACCCUUCAAUCGCAGUUCCUAACAUCCAAGCACGAAAGGUGACUCUUACUAGAACAGUAACUAACAUUGGUUCUCCAGGCACAUACAAUGUGCGUGUCAGGCAACCCUUUGCAGUUUUCGUCACUGUCAAACCUAGAGUUUUGGAGUUCAAGACAACUGGUGAAAAGAAGACCUUCCAGGUUAUUAUUACGCCCCAUUUUGCCAAAUUAGGCACUAGAGCCGGCUAUGUAUUUGGAGAUAUGAUUUGGUCAGACGGCAAGCACUCAGUCAGAAGUCCUAUUGCAGUGAAUCUUGCUAGCUAG